CUCCGCCGUCUUAUAUUCCGAAUUCGAUAUUCACGCCUCCGCGACUACACCCCUAGAGGAACAAACAUCCUUCACAAGGCCGAGUCACUUGUUAAUCUCAAUCGAAUCCCCCUCCCUCUGCUUGAUAAGGAAACAGAUCCCGGACAAGAAUGGAUCAAGGGUGUUCUGCUCUGUGCCUGGGGAUGCAGUGCAAUCCUGGCCCUCAACGUGAUAUUGGCCAUCAUUGCGAUCGUCGUCGCUUACAAGAGACCUUCCUACAGCGACAGACAUUUUGAAUAUGCGGAGCUCUAUCGCGGAAGCUGCUCCACCACAAACGGCUGGACGACUGGGAUGCAUCUUGUUAUCAACGUCCUUAGCACGGCUCUCCUUGCCGCGAGCAAUUAUUCGAUGCAGUGUCUUAGCGCGCCGUCCAGAGCAGAUAUUGAUCAGGCUCACUCAAAACGGACCUGGCUCGACAUUGGCGUUUUCAGUGCUAGAAACCUGUGGGCCAUGGAUGCCAGGCGAAAACUGCUCUGGGUGAUCCUGUUUAUAAGCUCAGUACCGGUCCAUAUGAUGUACAAUUCAGCCAUCUUCCCGUCCAUAACCACAAGAGAGUAUGGGCUCGUUGUCAUCCCAGACGAUCCUGGGAUGAGCGAGCCCCUUACCAGAAGCGAGGAUGCACAUCUUUCAUUUACGCAAAGAGUCGGUUAUAGUCCGGAGGAUGUCCGCGCUGAAUACUUGAAUAGAACAUUAAAGCCACAUAUUGACGUGUCCGAGUGUUUAAAACCAUACGACAUCGAGUAUAACACCAAAAAAGGCACACUGUUGCUUGUGGUGCCAGCAGAACACAUCGAUGGAUCCCCUAUCGUUGGAAGUUUUGAUUGGGAUACGCCCUUCCCAUUUCAUAUUGGAGCACGCAGAUUUGGAGGUAACUUGAACAAUCUGACAUACCCGGGCUGGUCCUUGCGAGCCCCAGGGAACAGUACCUGGCUGCACCUCAGGGACUUCUUCGAUGAUCAUUGGUUUCCGUUCUCUAAACAAUGUCAGUUCUAUUUCAGUCUGCCAAUCUCCCUUACGGUUAUCGGUUGCAACAUUGCGAAAGUGAUCUGCAUGUACUUGACAGCACGGUGCGAUCGCAGGUCGGUUCUUUUGACACUGGGCGAUGGGCUCUCUUCCUUCCUCCACAAGCCCGACAUAACGACCAAGGGUCGCUGCUUGAUGUCCAAGUUGGAUAUGACGACUGGGGAGCUUCCGUGGUGUCGGGAUCCCUACAUUUCUGAUACCCUGGAUACUACGCCUCUGGGCGAAAUGAGAAACUCUCAGCCCGUCCAAUUGAGGAGACUUCCCCAGCGUCUUCCUCGGAGAAGCAGAUGGGUUCGUUCACCUGGUUGGAAGCCCUGGACCUUGACGUUGACUUUCUUCCUUGCUUGUCUUGGGACAAGUAUCUUCCUCUUUCAUCUCGGUUUUCUUGGGACCACGCCAAUGUGGGCCCAGGAGAUGGGCAAACCGACCGGUGACACGGUCUUCUACGAUGGAGGGAAUGUGAUUUUGUUGAUCCUGCUGGCCAACUCUCCACAGCUCACAUACUCAUUCUUAUACUUCCUCUGCAACGGCCUGCUCACGAAUAUGCGCCUCGCAGUGGAAUUUAAUGAUUUCGCCACCAAUCGCAAGCCCCUCCGCGUAUCGUGGCCCAAGGGUCAACAGCGGUCGGCCUACUACAUCAGCCUUCCGUAUCGCUAUGGGUUCCCACUCAUCGCCGUAUCGACCAUCAUGCACUGGCUUCUAUCGCAGAGUCUCUUCGUGGUCAAAAUCCGCGCCCUUGACGUUUAUGACAAUGAACUAGAAGAAGAAUCCACGACUGCCUGUAGCUGGUCAUCGAAGGCGAUUCUCUGGACUAUUGUGGUUGGGUCACUUGCCAUGGGGGUGCUCAUUGGGCUGGGGUUUCGGCGUCUUCCCUCUGAUAUGCCGUUGGCAUCAUCGUGUAGCGCUGCGAUUAGCGCCUCUUGUCAUCCCCCACCGGAGGAUACAGAAGUGUCACUGAAGCCAGUCAAAUGGGGAGAAAUCAUCAACCGCCCACGGACCUCAACCGGGAUUGAAGAGGCUUCUGAACAUAUAUCAGAAAAUGAUCACGCAGAGGACACACAGAUCGAGUAUGCCCACUGCAGUCUCACAUCGGAACCAGUCAUGAGGGCGAGUCCGAAUGUUUUAUACUGUUGA